AAGCCUACGACGGCAGCCAUCCUGAAGAGCGUGGAAGCCUCGGGAUCUGGUACAUCAAAGGGAGUGGCAGCGCCCUCGAGCACUUCGACAAGCACGGCCUCACCUCCAACGAUACCAGCAGCAGCACCCGCAUCGUCUUCUUCCCUGCCUACGCAAUCCACGUUUCGACCUACUACUACGUCUGCUCCUCCAGCACCACCAGUACACCCUUUUGCAAAUGCUCGUGACGCAACCUACGCCCCACCAAAUGUUCGAAACUUCACAACUCUGCCGAAGCCCUUGAACAACAAGGGCAAGAAACCAGCGUACAAGACCAUCGUCCCCGUUAUCCAGCCGAAGCUUGCCGAAGAAAUCUUCCAGUGUUCGAUGAAGUCACAGUUCAUCACGCUGACCCCAGAAGAGUUGCUUUUGAUCGCGCCGGAUCGAGUCUCGACGGAACCCGUCGCGUCGGCCCACAUCGUAGAAAUCAGCGCCGACGAGGUCAUGGCCAUCAACCAGCUCUCGUGUUCAGGUACAACGUUGGAACCCGGUGCUACAAUCAUCCCCAACCCCUAUGAAACAUAUCUGAAGCAUAUCCCUCACGGCGAGUACCCCGCGGAAUUCACUGUCGCCCACGAUUCGAACGCGAUUUGUUCGAUCAUUGCAUUGGUCGACAACAAGGAGCAAAUCGAAUGCAUCGUUGACCCCAGUUCACAGAUCGUUGCCAUGUCGGAAGAGGUCUGCCUCGGCCUCAACCUCCUCUUUGAUCCUACUAUCCAGCUGAACAUGCAAUCGGCGAACGGCGAGGUGGACCGAUCGCUGGGACUCAUUCGAAAUGUUUCCUUCCGCAUCGUGUACAACAUCCUCCUCGGCCGACCCUUCGACGUGCUCAUGCAGAGCGUCGUCAAGAAUUUCGCCGACGAGAACCAGACCAUUACGAUUCUCUGUCCGAACACCAGCGAAACCGUCACGAUUCCGACAUACACCUUCGAGGAAUUGAUUCCCCAUGAUCAAGGAGAAGCCGCGCUAGUCAUCAACUACAAUGGGGUAAAACCAAGUAUUUCCUUCGUCUCUCCGAUUGAUUCCUCGACUCCGAACGCUGUUUCGUCACUGUACCUCUCCACAUGCACCUCCGUUUCUUCAUAUUUGCAGUCUCUUUACGCCUCGGACAGUACAGCUUCUAAUACCGCUCCGUCAAACGCUUCGACGUGGGCUUCGACUCUUCUAUUUUCAGCUCCGUUCGCUUCGACUCCGCCAGCUCUCAUUCCGACGAAGUCCAUCUCACAGUUCUCCAACUUGAUUCUUCUCUUUCCUUCGAUGACAUCGACUUCUACCCCUUCAACGCACAAGAUCCUCGCCACGACAAAGAAGAAAUACAAGCCUGUCGCUCUCAAAACCAGACCCGUCCUUGGUGCCAUCCCCGAACAAUUUUGA